GUAUGCAGGAGCAACUUUCAUUCACUCACUUGCCUCUAUCUCUUUCAAGUUGGCAUUUUUUUUCUUAAAAUCUGUGAAUAAUCCCAAUGGGGAUGCUCUAAGAGAAGAAUUUAGAGCAAAGAUUCCCAAUUUACUGAAUAAUCUUCUUAAUUGUCAAAUAAAGAUGGCUGCCGAAUGUUGUGUACACCAUUCCACCCAAGCUCCUCUUCUGUAGGAUUUUCAGUGCUGACCAAUUGAAGUUAUUGUAAAGAUGAAUUGCAGAGUGCUUCAAUUCUUGAAACCGAGCAAAAAUUGCGCUAGAGACUAGAGAGGGAGAAGUGUGUGUGGCUGUGCGUGUUGUAUUUAGUUCUUGAAAUGGAUUCAAAAGCAGAAAAACAAGCGCCAAUUGGGAAAACAGCUGGGAAGCCGAUUAGAUGCAGAGCUGCAGUGGCAAGGAAAGCUGGGGAGCCACUGGUGAUAGAGGAGGUGAUAGUGGCCCCACCAAAAUCUCAUGAAGUUCGCGUUAAGAUUAUUUGCACUUCUCUCUGUCACAGUGAUGUUUUCUUCUGGAAACUACAACAAUUCCCAGGUUGUUUUCCAAGAAUCUUGGGCCACGAAGCUUUUGGGGUUAUAGAGAGUGUAGGAGAAGAUGUUGAGGAUUUUAAGGAAGGCGAUUCAGUAGUUCCAAUAUUUUUGCCAGACUGCACAGAAUGCUUAGACUGCAAAUCCAAGAAAAGCAAUCUGUGCACGAAAUUUCCAUUUAGGGUCACUCCUCUUCUGCAUAGAGAUGAAACAAGCCGAUUCACCGACCUCAAAGGAGAGGCUUUGCACCAUUUCCUGUUUAUAUCAAGCUUCAGCGAGUACACUGUUAUCGACAUUGCUAAUGUCACAAAGAUUGAUCCUAGCAUCCCCCCCAACCGGGCUUGCCUCCUAAGCUGUGGAGUGUCAACUGGAGUAGGCGCUGCAAUCAGAUCAGCGAAUGUGGAACCGGGAUCAACUGUUGCUAUCUUUGGUUUGGGAUCAAUUGGAUUAGCGGUUGCGGAGGGAGCCAGGCUUUGUGGCGCUGCAAGAAUUAUCGGUGUGGAUAUAAAUCCAGAUAAAUUUGAGAGAGGUAAAACAUUUGGGGUUUCCGACUUUGUCAAUUCUUUGACUAUUGGGAAUAAAUCAGUAAGCCAGGUGAUAUGUGAGAUGACUGGGGGCGGUGCAGACUAUUGCUUUGAAUGCGUCGGCCAGGCAACAUUGGUGCAGGAAGCAUACGCCAGCUGCCGGAAGGGUUGGGGCAAGACAGUGGUUUUAGGAGUUGAUAAGCCCGGAGCGCAGCUGAGCUUGAACUCUUUCGAGGUUCUUCACAGUGGCAAAACCCUCAUCGGGUCGCUGUUUGGAGGUCUCAAGCCAAAAUCUGAUAUCCCCGUCCUUGCUAAGCGUUACUCAGAUGGGGAACUAGAACUAGAUAAAUUUGUUACUCAUGAAGUGGGUUUUGAAGACAUCAACAAAGCUUUUGACUUGCUUAUUCAAGGGAAAAGCUUAAGGUGUGUUAUUUGGAUGGAUAAGUGAUUCUUUCUAUGCUAUCAAUCACUAUGUGUAUCUUACAUUGCUCUUUAUAUGUAAUUGCUAUAUAUAUUGUGUAAGUAACCCAAAACCAUAUUUAUACCUAUGUUUGUGUCUGUUGAUUGGCAUCGAUCAAUAUCUCUUGCACUAGGUACACACCAAAAAGCUUUGGGGGAAGUUUUGGGUAUCAAAUUGUUUCGAUAUUACUUGAUACAAACUCAAACUUUUUGUAUUCAUUCUUUUGUUUGCAAAAGAUAUUGAUGCCGAUCGGGUUAGUAAUUGAACCUCUAUAAUUUGUAUUGCUCUGUGUCAUUGAAUAAAUUGAAACAAUAUGUUUAUUACAUGCAUGGAUGCAAUAUGCAUACAUAUGCCAAGUUAUAUUUUGAAUUGA